AUUUGAUGGGUUACCACCACUAGCAUACUUAAUGCUUUGCCUAUCCUAAUUGAAAUUCUCUAGGCUUCCAUUCUAAACUGUAUACAUGCAACAAUUCCUUACAAAUAGAUUGCAAUCCCAUAGGUAAUGAAGCAGGAAAUGUAUUCUGAAAUUUCAUCUUGAAAUGAAUGGGAUUUGAAGUUACAAAUUCAUAUUUUCCUGGUUGGUUUUGCCUUCUAUAGCUAAGUGGGUACUGAAAUGGAGGAUGUAAAACAGUAAAGUUUAAUAUGUUUGAAGGUUUCUAGAUUUAACUGUGUUUAUCUUUUUGAAUCAACGUUUUGGAUCACAUUCCAUGAUCCAUCAUCAAGAAGAUACUGGACUAGAGAACAGAAAAUAUGGAGAGCUACGAAAGAGGACUAGCAAUAAGACCAUACAGACGUUCUAUGACUCCUCGCCUUCGGUGGUCUCCUCAUCUCCAUCAGUGCUUUGUGAAUGCAGUAGAAGAGCUUGGAGGCAGAGAUAAGGCAACUCCAAAGUUGGUUCUUGAUAAGAUGAAUGUCAAAGGGCUUGCAAUCUCCCAUGUUAAAAGCCACCUCCAGAUAUACCGGUCUGCCAAGGAGGAAGAAGAAAACAAUGCAGAGUCAAAGUCCAAAAGCAAUACACCUCAGCAGAUUCAGAGCUGCAAAGAGAAAUAUUUCACAAACAAUCAUGCUUGUCAAAGUUCACCAGAAAGAUUAUGGUCAGAAGAAUCAGAUCCCAUGGUAACUGAAAUAGAUACUACAUAUCCAGGAGAAUUUCCUUCAUUGGAUAAUGUUCCAAAUAUAAACAGAGGCUAUCAAGAUUGCAUGCAACAUGACAACUUCAGAGACAGUUUUGUUGUAAACAAAUGUAAUAUCCCUCUUUCCAAAGGGUAUACAGAAAAUACAAUGGACAUGUCUAUUGAAGAUGUGUGGCACAACAAGAAGAGGAGAAAACUCAUGUUUGAAGAUCAAACAACCAAAGAAAAAGCUUGUGUAGCUACUUUUUUAACUUCAAGCUGUGCAUCUCAUACCAGUUUGAAGGCCAGCGAGCUUAAACAUCUUGUUCGUUUAUUAUUAAAUCAACAGUGUGAAAGGGAGAUGGAGUACCCAUUACUGUCAAGGGCUCCUUUGGAACUGCCAUUAAUUGAAAGUCUAUGCCAAGAUAAAAAAGCAGCUAUUUCUCAAGAAGAAGAAAAGCAAUAUGAGAUAAUUGAUUGUAAUCUCGCUCUUGGUAUUGAAUGAACACAAUACAUAUGGAGGUUUUUGGAUAGGAUUUCUGGUGAACAAUUUUUAGGCUCGAGUUUAAAGAGUUGAUAUG